GAUUUGAGUUUCUCUCUGGUAGUUUGAAAAGGAUUCUUUUGAUCUUUGGUAUCUACGUUGGGAUUCAUACAACUUGAGAGAAAGGGAUGGAGAUCCAACAUUUCAGCCACAUGGAGCAUCCCUUAGUAUUUAUAGAAGGUGUUGGCGAGAAUGAAGUAAUUGUUUGCAGAGGGUGUGAAGAACCCAUCUCGGAUGCCGCCUACAAAUGCUCUCAGUGUAGCUUUUUCCUUCAUAAAUCUUGUACUGAACUACAACCGAAGAUACAGCACCCAGUACACCCAAACCACCCUCUCGUUCUCAUAUAUUCGGGGAAUAGAAUUUGUGAUGGCUGCUGUAAGGAAUCUUCCAAAAGUUGUUUCUUUUACCAUUGCAAGGAGUGCCAUUUCGACCUUGACAUCAAAUGCGCUUCUAACUGGCAAUCCAGUGCUGAGGACGGUCACCAACACGUAUUCGUUCCUAUCUUGAAGCGGAUUCAGUUCACUUGUGAUAUCUGCGGUGAGGAUCACAAACGCCGCGCCCGUGUAUGUAGCAUCUGUCAACUCUUGGUUGAUAUAUUCUGUGCUCGAUUAGCAUGCACCAUUAAAAUUGGAGCACACAAAGAUCACUUCCUCACUCUUAUAUAUAAUCUUCAUCAUCAAGUGAAGGAGCAAGAUGAUCAAGUACUCUGUCAACUCUGUCGUAAAACGGUCAACACGAAGUAUGGGGCUUAUUAUUGUAAAGAAUGUGGUUUCGUGGCCCACUUGAAUUGUGCGAGACAGAAUGUGCUUCAGCAAUUUGACAACUUAGACUCGAGUGUAAAUCUCCAGUUCUUGUCGGUUGAUUCUGCAACUAAUGUUACCCCAGAAGAGGAUGAAGCUGGGACUUGGGACAUUCUCGAAGAUGAACAACCCUUUGAAGGGGAACAUAAAUUCAUCCUCAGUACUGAUAAGAAACUCGAGGAUGACAAGUUUUGUGAGGUGUGUAUGCAAUUAAUCUCGGGCUCAAUAUUUUACACUUGUGCUACAUGUAGUGGGAAAUGCAACAUACUCGUCCAUGAUAAAUGCGGUAAUCUACCCAUAAAGAAGCAACAUUUACUUCACAAACACCCGCUCGCUCUCUACUCGUUUACUAACAAAUACAUUGGUAGGACCUUCAUUUGUGACGUUUGUAAGCAUCUUUGCCAUGGCUUCCAGUACAGGUGUGAUGAGUGUGACUACGAUCUUGACAUUCAGUGCUCUUCGAUCCCCGACAUCAUAAAACAUGAAGGUCAUCAUCAACACCCCCUUCACCUUGCUAUAAGGCCUUUUGAUGAAAAAUGCAAUGGUUGCGAUAGCGCGAAGAAUAGCAACGGUGCAUUUGUAUGCAUUGAAUCUAAAUGCAAUUUUGCGUUGGGUUUUGAAUGUGCAAUUCUUCCGGUCGAAGUUAAGUAUGAAGAAUAUGACAGACAUGUCCUCAAACUUACUUAUAGUGUAGAAGACGAUUCUGGAGAAUAUUAUUGUUUUAUUUGCGAGAAAGAAAGAAACCCAAAGCAAUGGUUUUAUUAUUGUAGGGAAUGCGAUUUUGCAGCUCAUACCCACUGCAUUCUCGGAAACUAUCCUUACAUUAAAUAUGGAACCACUUUUGUAGACGAGCGCCACCAACAUCCCCUCACUUUUGUUCGGAAGACUCAGUUCUCCCCUCCGUGUGACAUUUGCAACGAACCUUUUGAAGGUAUGGGCAUAGAAUGUAAGCAGUGCGAGCUUACCGUUCACACGUACAAGAAGUGUGUGGGGGAAAUAUAGAUCGGAAAAAUUUGAUGAAGUGACUAUUAAUUAGCUAGCUAGUGAUAUUAUUUGUAAAAUGGCUAGCAAUAUUAUAUAUAGUUGUAUAAUGUACGUAAUUAUAAGCUGUGGCUUCAUGAUUUGGAUUGAUCAUCUUUUUAUUUUCUAUAUAUAAUAGGAUUGA